AUGGAAGAGGAGGAUUUCUUUAAGGAUUUGGAAAAUGAUUUGAAAGGUAGUGAUAAUGAGGUGGGAAGUGAGGUCGGAUUGGAGGUUGAAAUGCAUGGGGCCAACGUGGAUUCUGAUAUUGAGAACCCCAUUGAGUAUUUGAAAGAGUUCUUAAACGGUAAAAAAUGUCUGUUGAUAAAGGAUCUAGAGGCAAUGCGAAAUCAUGAAAUAUUAAAUGUUAUUAAUGAGUAUAAUGUGACCAUCAAGCUUCUGGACAGGAUCAAACUCGAGAAUGGUAUUGUAGAGGUGGCCUCUAUAUUGAAUAAGUACUCAAAAAUUAUACAAGAGGAAAGUUCCAAUGUGUUCGCAUAUAUUAAAAUUCUUUAUAAACCAAGGUUCCCAGAAUUGGAAACACUUCUAACAAAUCCAAUAGAUUUUAUUGAAGUUCUUAAAUUAUUAGAGGAAAAUAUUACUGAAAUUUCAAACGAUGACUAUAUAGCUACUCUGUUAGAGAAUGAAUCCAAUAUCAGUUCUGAGAAAAGGUUGGUUGUUAUUAUGUCAAUCAAAACAUGUUUCAAUAGCUCAUUCAUAUUUACAGAGGAUGCUAGAGGGAAACUGAGUUCAGUACUGGAACUCUUAAACAUUUUAAUGAAUUCGAAAACAGAGGCAGUUCAGUAUUUGUCAUCAAAAAUUGGAACCAUUGCACCUAACCUAUCCACAUUAAUAGGAACUUCCAUUGCCUCCCUUUUGAUCUCACACACAGGCAGUAUCCUCGAACUGAGCAAAGUCCCUAGUUGCAACCUUGCUUCUAUUGGUAAGAAAAAAUAUUCAUCAUCAGCGCAACAUAUUACCUCUGUUAGUGGUGUACGCCAAGAGGGAUACAUUUAUAACUCGGAAUUAAUACAAAAUAUGCCAAUUUCGACACAUAAGCAAUUAUUACGUAUGCUAUGUGCAAAAGUCUCGCUAGCGGCGAGGGUUGAUGCUGGCUUACAGAUAGCAGCGGACACGAGAACCGACAACAGUCUGGGGAUCAAAUGGAAGGAAGAGAUUCUAGAUAAAGUCCGUAAAUUGAACGAAGCACCAAACAUUGCACUAGUGAAACCUUUGCCAGUACCUCAGGAUAGCAACAAGAAAAAGAGAUCAGGCCGUAGGUUUAGAAAGUACAAGGAACAGUUCCAAUUGUCGAACAUACGAAAGUUACAGAACCGUAUGGAGUUUGGGAAAGAAGAACAAACGUACAUGGACAGCACUGGGGAAGAAGUAGGCUUGGGUAUGAUAAAUUUAUCAUUAAAGGAAGCAUCGGGUAUGGCACAGGGCAUCACUAAGAGGACCAACAACUCGGCGAAACUCACUAAAAAAUUAAAGCAUCGUCUACAGGAUGCAAAUAUGCAAACAGAGGACUACAUAAACUCAUUAAGUAACACAUUGAAUCAAUAG